CGAAACCAAAAAUGAACUCCGGAGCUGCCCUUUGGCCUCCAUCUUCCGCAAUUGCCGCAGGAAAAGGGCCGAGACACACUGUGUAAUAAAGCGAAGUGGCUCUCCACUGUGAAGCAGUUCUUGAUUCCUCCUAUCAUUAUAUUACGGAGUUUCAUCAUUACACAGUAAUCUGUACGCCCGCCAUAGCCGGAUGAUCAUCUCUUCUUCAGACCCGGGGUCCUGAGAGCUACCGAGAUUCGGGAGAAACCCGAUUUGGGCGGAUCUUGGCACGGCCCGGAACCCAAUUUGACGGCUUCUGGGCAGGCGGACGCGUCUCAUGCCUCAUGGGCUGCGUGGCGUCGAAGCAGGCGGUGUCGGUUACUCCGGCGGUUGACCAUUCCGGAGUUUUCCGGGACGAAUUCGGGUCGGGUCGGACGCGGGUGGAGAGUAGCGGCCUGGGGUUGGAUUUUGACUUGAAGAAGGUGAAGAGGAGGGCUGACUCGGUCUUGAGCGCGGGGUGCGAGUUCGCGGCUGAGUCUGGGAGGGCGAGUUCGAAUGGGUACGGGAGCGAGUCCGUGAGCUUCAGGCUCGGGAAUUUGCACAAGUAUGUGGAGGGAGAGCAAGUCGCCGCCGGCUGGCCGGCCUGGCUCAGUGCGGUUGCAGGGGAAGCUAUUCAAGGCUGGGUGCCGCUCCGAACAGAGUCAUUCGAGAAGCUCGAAAAGAUUGGUCAAGGUACAUAUAGCACAGUAUUCCGGGCUCGUGAUCUAGAAAGUGGGAGGAUAGUUGCACUGAAGAAGGUGCGGUUCGAUAACUUUGAACCAGAGAGUGUUCGGUUUAUGGCCAGAGAGAUCAUGAUUCUUCGCAAGCUUGACCACCCAAACAUCAUCAAAUUGGAGGGCAUAAUCACUUCGCGAUUAUCAUGUAGCAUAUAUCUUGUCUUUGAGUACAUGGAGCAUGAUGUUUCAGGACUCUUGGCUUGCCCUGAUGUCAACUUCACCGAAUCACAGGUAAAAUGCUACAUGAAACAGUUGUUAUCUGGACUUGAGCAUUGUCAUUCCCGGGGUGUGAUGCAUCGGGAUAUCAAAGGAGCCAAUCUUUUGGUAAACAAUGAAGGCAUCUUAAAGAUUGGUGAUUUUGGGUUGGCUAACUACUGUUAUCCGACCCGCAGGCAUCCAUUAACCAGUCGAGUUGUCACUUUAUGGUAUCGUCCUCCUGAGCUUUUAUUAGGUUCCACGGAUUAUGGAGCUUCUGUGGACAUCUGGAGUGUUGGAUGUGUCUUUGGUGAAUUUCUCACUGGUAAACCAAUUCUUCAAGGGAGAACCGAGGUUGAACAGCUGCACAAAAUUUUCAAACUUUGUGGAUCUCCUCCAGAUGACUAUUGGAAGAAGUCUAAACUUCCCCAUGCAACUCUGUUUAAGCCACAACAUCCUUACGAAAGCUGUCUUUGGGAGACUUUUAGUGAUCUACCAAUGGCAGCUGUCUCUUUGAUCGAAUCUCUUCUUAUGGUGGAACCCAAUAACCGUGGCACUGCCUCUUCUGCGCUUGGAUCUGAGUAUUUCAUGACAAAGCCUCGUGCUUGUGAUCCUUCAAGCUUGCCCAAAUAUCCACCGUGCAAAGAAAUUGAUGCUAAACAUCGUGAUGAAGUAAGAAGAAAGAGGCAUAGUGGAAGAGCACGUGGUCCAGAAACUACAAGAAAGCCUACCAGAAAACAAAAUGGAAUCAAUAAACUGGCACCUGAGGAGAAGUUAUCUGCUCCAACUCAUGGUGUUGAUAGAAGUAGACACAGAAGUGUGUGUAAGCACAGAGAGGGAGAAGGUGGCAAAGGCCCACAGCCUUUGAUUGAUGUCAUGGAAGAAGUAUCUCUUGCAAAGAAUGCGUCUGAAGCUGACAUCCCAUUUUCAGGCCCAUUGCAGCUAUCUGAAUCAAGCGGCUUCUCAUGGGCAAAAAGAAGGUCCAAGGAUUCAUCAGUGAGAUCACCAAGUAGUAGGUCUAGUUCAAAAAUAUUUGAACCUUCUGUCGCAUUAUUGCCACCAAGGAGUGAUAGCUUGGAAUCCAGAAGGCGAGACAACUGGGAACUCAGAAAUGGUGGAAGUCGCACUGAUUCCAAGGGCCAGAAUUCCUAUGAAAAUGCAAAACGUGCAGCGCUUGAACAAUGGAGUCUAUCAGGACGACCAGAAUCUUUUGAUGCUUCCGAUGGAGGCUAUCAAUCCCAAGAACUUUCACUAGCCCUCUACCUGAAAGAAGAAAUGGCUCUCAAGAGAUUGAAUGCAGUUCAUGAUCAUGGUGAUAAGGUUGACUUUUCAGGGCCUUUACUAUCUCAAACACACAGAGUAGAUGAGCUGUUGAAAAAACACGAGCGUCAUAUCCGGCAAGCUGUUCGCAGAUCAUGGUUCCGGAAAGUUAGGAGAAAUGGGAAGUAGUUGCAUGAUCAUGUUAGCAUGAGAAGGGAAGCCUUGGCUAUGUAUCAGACAUCACAAAGUCGGUGAAUCCCAAAAGGUGGCGAUAAGUGAUAUGCAUCCGCGGAUAGAAGUGACACUUGCUGAUGACCAUAUAUCUCUACAAGCUUACUAUGAGAAGUUCUGCAGGAGCUGGUUGUGCUUUAUUCUUUUUCAUCAUCUUCAGGAAAAAGUAACCUUUCUUUUUUUCGCUUGACAUUUCAUUAUCACUGUAUAGAUUUAGUUGAGUGAAGACUCUCAAAGAGCAUAGAUUGACAAAAUUGUAAGAUUGAAAGUGUACACACUUUACAUUGAGACUGCUACAACAGUGUUCAAGUUGCGAAAUGCGAUACCCUUGUCUAUGAAUAGAAAUGAGAUCUUGAU